AUGGAGUAUAUAUUUAAAGGAAUGAAUAAUUAAUACUCACUUAUCUAUGAAUAAUAUGUUUAAAUUUAUGAGUCCAAUGUAAAAUAAUUAUGUAAUAGUAUUGAUUAAUAUAAGAUAUAAAUGUAUUAUUUAUCUUAUAAAUAGUAUUCUUAAUAAUGGAUUUCCAAUAUAAGGAAAUUUUCAUAUCCAAUUAAAUAUAUUGAAUGAUUUAGAUCAAAGAUUUUCAAAUUUAUAAUUUACAAUAAAUAGACUUAAAAAAAGAACAAUUCAAAGAUAAAAAAUACAAUAAUGGUUUGAUUGA